AUGCCAGGUGUAUUAUCAAAGUUGGCUGAUUUUCAACACUGGGUGGAUUCGUCGCCUUCCUUAAACAAAUUAUUUAAGCUCUAUUCGAACAAUAGAAUACUUAUACGGCGGUCUAUAUUAUUAUACUUAUUGGUCCGAUCCUUUCUGUCCUUAAAGAAGCUCAUUCAGCAGUUGCGAAAACUUAAAGAUCUUACAGACGAUGAGAAAACGAAGGCUACAAACCAAUUUUCUUCAGCAAAGGCAAACCAAAGAAAAGGCAGGGAAUUCAACGAUAAAGAGAAAAGAAAAGUUGAAGUUGAUAUAAUUUUCUUUAAACAGCUCUACAGAAUUUUGAAAAUAGCUAUGCCUGGUAUCAGAUCGAAAGAAUUUUGGAUGCUGAUUAUUCACUCAGGCUUCUUGAUUUUUAGAACAGUCUUGUCAGUGUAUAUAGCUUCUUUGGAUGGCAGAAUUGUUAGCGCACUGGUUCGAGGACAUUUAAAAGAAUUUAUGCUAGGUAUCGCAUGGUGGAUGAUCGUAGCAAUUCCUGCAACCUAUACAAAUAGUAUGUUCCGCACUCGUCUCACUACUUAUAUUCACAACAAAUACUUAAGCGACAUGACAUUUUACGCCGUGGGUUUCGAAGCAGUGUUUCUAGGGUCGUUGAUAAUUCAUCUGUCAUCAAUCUUAAUGCGAAAAUACACACCUAGCUUCGGUUCUAUGGUAGCUGAUGAACAAAAGUUAGAAGGUGAAUUCCGGUUUCGCCAUUCUCGUCUGAUCGACAAUGCCGAAGAGAUAUCAUUUUUGAAUGGUCAAACAAUUGAGAAGCAUGAGCUUGAUCAUUCAUAUUUGAAGUUGAUACGUCAUGUGAAUCGUGUAUUCAAAUUAAGAGUACCGCAUGGUAUGCUGGAGGAUUUUGUCAUUAAGUAUUUCUGGGGCGCUUGCGGGUUGGUAUUAUGUUCAGUACCUGUAUUCUUCGAUGUUCCCGGUUUGAAUAAAUAUACUGCAAUUUCAUCAACGAAGCAGACACUCGAUGAUGUGGGCGGAAGAACAGAAGGUUUUGUUACCAACCGUCGCUUAUUGAUGAGUUCAUCUGAUGCAGUCGGCCGUAUCAUGUAUGCCUAUAAAGAGAUUACCGAGUUGGCAGGUUACACCGCAAGAGUUCACGAUUUGCUGCAAGUUUUUGAUGAUGUGAAAAAGGGCCAAUAUCAAAAGAACUUGGUUUCUUCCUCCAAUAAAUCAGCCAAGCAAUUCCAUGGAGAAAGAGAGCACGGUGUAGGUGCACUUGAUGGUCGUGGAAGAAUUGUUAUGAGUGACAAUAUUGAAUUUAUUGAUGUUCCUAUCAUCAGUCCCAAUGGAGAUAUACUCGUACCGAAGUUAACUUUUCAUGUGAAGCCAGGAAUGCAUUUGCUAAUUGUUGGUCCAAACGGUUGUGGUAAAUCCUCUCUAUUUCGUAUCCUCGGAGGUUUAUGGCCUAUUUACGGCGGUACAGUCCAUAAGCCUGAUCAUAGAGACAUUUUUUACAUACCUCAAAGACCCUAUUUAUCAUUGGGUACAUUGAGAGACCAAAUUUUAUAUCCUGAUACUGUCAAAGAAAUGAAAGAGAAAAAUGUGUCAGAUCAAGCCUUGCUAGAUAUUCUUAAAAUUGUUCAUAUUGAACAUAUCGUUGAAAGAGAAGGUGGUUGGGAUGCUGAAAAGGAGUGGGGAUUGGCUCUUUCAGGUGGUGAUAAGCAGCGUAUUGCUAUGGCUAGGCUUUUUUAUCAUGCUCCUCGUUAUGCCAUCCUGGAUGAAUGUACAAGUGCUGUCAGCAUGGACAUAGAGAAGAUCAUGUAUACGCACGCUACAUCGUUGGGUAUUUCGUUAUUGACAGUAUCUCACCGUCCUUCUUUAUGGAAGUAUCAUAACUUUAUUUUACAGUAUGAUGGUCAAGGUGGAUAUGUCUUUACUCGAUUGGAUGCGGAAAAGAGAUUAGCACUGCAAGAAGAAAGGAAUCAAAUUGAAGCAAAGCUACUGGAAAUACCCAAGUUACAAGCCCGUUUCGAACAGUUGUCUGAUUUAAAUAGAACGACAUAA